UCCUAGGAUUUGUAAGACAGGAAAAAAAGGAAGGCGUGAGGGCGGGCGAGAGAGACAGGAUGCUUGUUUGUCGCGUUCCCAAAGCCAUCUGAAGGCAAGAGAGCGGGCGCAGGGCAGAGGCGCCACGCAGCCCCGGGGCUGUCUCCUCGCCCCCCGGCUGCUGCCCGCUUCCCGCGCUCUCGUCCUCUGCUGGGCAUCUGCAGAGGCGGAAAGGAGAGCUCGCCCUCCCUCCGAGGCGGAGGAAAACACCCGAAGACACCGCAGGAGCCCGUGGAAGUCCCUGGGACUCCGAGUGAGGAAGUGACACUCCCGCCGGCCGGCCCCCGGCCCCGCGGCCCUGGAGGAGCGCGCCCGGGACUGCAGGCUCCGCGGCCGCGCCGGGCUCCGCGCCCCGCGGGCUCCAUGCGCGCCGCCCCGGGCCGCACUUCCUCCGCGCGCCCAUGCGGCCCCCCAGAGCCGCGCCGCAGCCCGUGAUCUGAGCCCGGAGACCAUCCCAGGCGCGGUGCCAAGCACAGGGGAGGGGGAGACGGAGGGGCAACCUCUUUGGGACUAACUCAUGAAGAACAAGGGUGCCAAGCAGAAGCUGAAACGAAAGGGAGCCGCCAGUGCCUUUGGCUGUGACCUGACCGAGUAUCUGGAAAGCUCAGGACAGGAUGUUCCAUAUGUAUUGAAGAGCUGUGCAGAAUUUAUAGAGACUCAUGGCAUUGUGGAUGGAAUUUAUCGGCUUUCAGGAGUCACCUCAAAUAUACAAAAGCUAAGGCAAGAGUUUGGCUCAGAUCAAUGUCCAGAUCUGACAAGGGAAGUGUACCUCCAGGACAUCCACUGUGUGGGCUCACUCUGCAAGCUCUACUUUAGGGAGCUGCCCAACCCCCUCCUGACUUAUGAGCUCUAUGAGAAAUUCACGGAGGCAGUGUCACCUUGCCCGGAAGAAGGCCAACUGGCCCGCAUCCAGAAUGUCAUCCAGGAGCUUCCCCCAUCCCAUUAUAGGACCUUGGAAUACCUGAUUCGACACCUGGCCCACAUUGCCUCCUUCAGCAGCAAGACCAACAUGCAUGCCAGGAAUCUGGCCUUGGUGUGGGCGCCAAACCUGCUCAGAUCCAAAGAAAUCGAAGCCACUGGGUGCAAUGGAGACGCGGCUUUCCUUGCAGUUCGGGUCCAGCAAGUGGUGAUUGAGUUCAUACUGAAUCAUGUGGAUCAAAUCUUUAACAAUGGCACACCUGGGUCUUUGGAGAACAAUGAAAACCCGCCCAUCACCAAGAGCCUGACCUUGCCAGCCCUCUCCUUGCCCAUGAAGCUGGUAAGCCUAGAGGAAGCUCAGGCCCGGAGCCUGGCUACUAACCAUCCUGCUCGGAAGGAAAGGAGGGAGAAUAGCUUGCCUGAAAUUGUCCCUCCCAUGGGCACCCUCUUCCACACUGUUCUUGAGUUACCAGACAACAAAAGAAAGCUCUCCAGUAAAUCGAAGAAGUGGAAAUCAAUAUUUAACCUGGGACGUUCUGGAUCAGACUCCAAAUCAAAGCUGAGUAGAAACGGGAGUGUAUUUGUGAGAGGACAGAGGCUCUCAGUGGAAAAGGCUACUAUCCGACCGGCUAAAAGCAUGGACUCACUGUGCUCAGUGCCUGUGGAAGGGAAAGAAACCAAAGGGAAUUUCAAUCGAACGGUCACGACCGGUGGAUUCUUCAUCCCAGCGGCAAAAUUGCAUUCGACCAACACUGGCAGCUCAUGUGACCUCAGCAAGCAGGAGGGCGAAUGGGGCCAGGAGGGGAUGCCGGCGGGGGCGGAGGGGGGCUUUGACACGAGCAGUGACCGAAGCCAACUUCAGGGCGCCCAGGCCCGGCCCCCACCUGAGCAGCUGAAGGUGUUCCGGCCGCUCGAGGAUCCGGAGAGCGAGCAGACAGCCCCGAAGAUGCUGGGUAUGUUCUACACUUCGAACGACAGCCCCAGCAAAUCUGUCUUUACCAGCAGUCUCUUCCAGAUGGAGCCCUCUCCCCGCCACCAGCGCAAGGCCCUGAACAUCUCCGAGCCCUUCGCCGUGUCGGUUCCACUGCGCGUGUCAGCGGUCAUCAGCACCAACAGCACCCCGUGCAGAACACCCCCGAAGGAGCUCCAGUCGCUUUCCAGUCUGGAGGAGUUUUCUUUCCAGGGGUCAGAGAGUGGAGGUUGGCCUGAAGACGACAAGCCGCUGGGAGCUGAGACCUCUACAGCUUCCAUACCUAAGAAGGUGGUUCUCGAGGAUGCCAAGCCAGGACCAGAGGCAAUUAGGAUGGUGGAAUGCAACAAAGACCUCUCCCUGGAGUCAGGCCCCCAACAGGAGGAAAAGAAGGCCUCGGAAACCUCCCUGGGCUCUCAACAUUCAAGUGAAUUAGAGAAGAGGCUGGACCCGGAGAAAGCAGAGGAGGAGGGUCGAGAGGCUGACCAGGUGGAGCCCAGCACUCUGCAGAAGAGCCCCAGUGUCCAAGCGGGGCUUCUCCAUGACAUGGAUGAAGAUGAUCUGGCCAAUGCCCUGAUCUGGCCCGAGAUUCAACAGGAGCUGAAGAUCAUCGAAUCUGAGGAGGAGCUCUCCUCAUUGCCACCACCUGCUCUAAAGGUCAGCCCCACUCAGCCGAUCCUGGAGUCCAGUCCAGGGCCUUUCGCUUCCCAGGAGCCUCCUGGGAGCUGGUCUUGCGGCCCAACACCAGGCUCCACCCCUGCGGAGGAGGGGACUACGGAUCUAACCAAUCAGAGUGCGGAGGGGACUUCCCCGGCAGCCAAUAGGGAAAAGCUGGAGACAACAAGCAUCCUCCAGAGACCGGAGCCCGAGAAGCGUCCGGACCCCACCAGCUUGGCUCCUCUGGAAAUUGUUCCAUUUGAGACGGCUUCCGCACAAGCAAAGGUGGACCAGGAAGGCCCAGGAAAUCUGUCCCCUCUUCUCCCGCCUGCUGCCCCUCCUCCAACUCCCCUGGAGGAGGCACCUCGAGUCCAGCUAUCAAAGGGCAGUCCUGAGAGAGAAGACUCAUCUAGGAAUUUGAGGACAAAUCCAUACACAGACCAGCUGAAGUCCAAGGGCAGCCCUGGGCCCCCCAGCCUGUGUCAGGAGGAGGAGGAGACCUCUCUAGGACAAAGUGAAGAGCAAAAUUCAAAGAAUGCUGCUCCUGAGGGAAAAGGCUCUGGUUUUCAAAGCCCAACAAGAGAGGUUGAGAUCUCCCCCCAAGGAGAGGGGGAUGUAGCCCAUGCAGCGCAGGAGCCCUCAGACUGUGAUGAAGACGAAACUGUGACAGACAUUGCCCAGCAGGGCCUGGAGAUGGUGGAGCCCUGGGAGGAGCCCCAGUGGGUAACGAGUCCCCUUCACUCUCCCACCCUGAAAGAUGUGCAAGAGGCCCAGGUGCAGGGCCCCCAGGGCCACCGACUGGAGAAGAGGCUCCCCCACAGGCCCAGCCUUCGUCAGAGCCGUUCUCUAGAUAGCAAAACCACCACGGUUGAGAGCCAGUGGACUCUUGAGGCUCCCUCCUCCAGCAGCUGUGCUAACCUUGGAGCAGAGAGGAAUUCCGACCCUCUGCAGCCCCUGGCACCCAGGAAAGAGAUUACUGGAUGGGAUGAGAAAACCCUGAGGUCCUUCAGAGAGUUCUCUGGCCCAGAAGGGACAGAGGCUGUUCCCAGCCAGAAGGGACCAGGUGGUUUGCAGCCCAGAUCAGCAGAAAUCAGCCCUGUCAGCCUAGCAGAGGGAAAGGAACUGGGGACACACCAAGGGCACAGCAGCCCUCAGAUUGAGCAAGGUAGUGUUCCUGGGCCAGACAAUAGCAAGGAGAGUUCACCUCGUGUGCAAGACAGCACCUCACGUGGAGAGCAUCCCCCAAAGUUACAGCUGAAGAGCCCCGAGUGUGGGCCUCCAAAAGGGAAAAAUAGGCCUUCUUCCCUCAAUUUGGACUCUGCCAGUCCCAUCACUGACCUCUUCCGGUUUGACAAUGUGGCCUCAUUUGGUUCACCUGGAAUGCAGCUCAGAGAGCCAGGAGACACAAAAGUCACAUGGAUGACCUCAUCCCACUGUAAAGGAGACCCGUGGAGCAUUUGCUCCCAGGACCCUCAGGACCUGGACAUUGUUGCUCAUGCCCUGACAGGCCGCCGUAACUCAGCUCCUGUGAGUGUGUCAGCUGUGAGAACCUCCUUCAUGGUCAAAAUGUGCCAGGCUAGGGCAGUCCCAGUCAUCCCACCCAAGAUUCAAUACACACAGAUCCCACAGCCCCUGCCCUCUCAGAGCUCAGGGGACAGUGGAGUCCAGCCUCUGGAGAGGAGCCAAGAGGAACCCAGCUCAACUGGUGAGACCUCACAGAAAUCUGCCAGAGAUGAUUCUCUCUCCUUGGAAAGCCCAAAAGAAGAGAAACCAAAGCAAGAUACAGGAGCCAUUGAGUCCUUGCCAAUGGAUACCACUACAUCCCACAUGUGUGAGGGACCCACCCUUCCUCCAGAACCAGUCUUGGCUAACCUGCUCUCCACCCAGGAUGCAACAGUGCAAUGCAGAAAGCGCACAUCAGAGACAGAGCCGUCCGGAGACAACCUUCUUUCUUCAAAAAUGGAGCGACCAUCAGGGGGUUCUAAACCUUUCCACAGGUCAAGGCCAGGAAGACCUCAGAGCCUAAUCUUAUUCAGUCCUCCUUUCCCCAUUAUGGACCACCCGCCCCCUUCAUCCACAGUGACAGAUUCCAAGGUUCUCCUGUCCCCUAUCAGAAGUCCCACCCAGACAGUUUCCCCUGGCCUUCUUUGUGGGGAUUUGGCAGAAAACACGUGGGUCACACCAGAAGGGGUUACGCUUAGGAAUAAAAUGACCAUCCCUAAGAAUGGCCAAAGACUAGAGACCUCAACCAGCUGUUUUUACCAGCCCCAGCGCAGAUCAGUGAUUCUGGAUGGAAGAAGUGGGAGGCAAAUAGAAUGACAUCAGUUCACCUGCUGGUGUCAGGAAAAAAAAAAUGUCAUGAUUCAUCGUCUGGAAGUUAUUACAGGGCUGACUUGCCAUUAUCCCAGGCAUAGGUUAUCCAAGUUUGGGCUUAUUUUGGCCUCUUUUAUUUCUUCAGCUUUUUGACCAUUUAUUAAUUAGUCCAUUUGCCAGAAGAGAGGUCAAGGGAAGGACCAAUAGAUGAAAUUUAGAUAAGUCCAUAACAGCAGGUGGGAAAAAGGUAAGGGAAGAAGCUGAAAUGCCUGCUUCCAAUGAGAUUUGGGGUUGUUUGUGAGUUGCAUUUCUCCCACAUUGUCAUUAUCUAUUACUGUUGAGAGCUGGCUAAAAUAACGUCUUUUGAAAGAAAGAGAAAUCCUUUGCCUGUGCUGGAAAAUGUUGCUGUUGAGGUUUGAAGGCCUCCUUUUCACUUCACGCUUUUUAAUGCUCCUUAAAGCAUGUGUUCUUUUAGACCAGAUUUCUGAUAAGUUUUGUAAAUGUGUACACUCCAGAAUAGAAGCAGAUUUGGAAGUACAAACUAAUGUACGCUUAAAGAUCCAAGUGGGUGAAGUUACCCGUGCUCUUUCCCUGGAAUCUCUCUGCAGACCUGUCAGAGAUGGUUGUGUCUAUCAGCAUAGAAAAUCAGAAUCUAUACGCAAGAGCAAAUUCUGAGACUGGCAAAAUCUAAGAAGACUGGCUGUUGCUUUUGUUAAUUUGGGACUCUACUAUUAUCCUGACCUCUGAUUUAUAAAUCCAGUGGCUGGGCAGAGUGGGGGCUGAGCCGAGGGUUACCUCAAUGAAAUGUGCUGCAUUUUCACUUAGGUAUGCAACAGUGAAGUGAUCUGUUUUCUUUCCAAAUCAGAGCCCAUGAACAGGAUAUCUUUGUAGAGAAAAACCUCACGCAUGGGUAGAACUACGCUCCAAAGUCAAAGUGUUUAAAUUGAUGGGGCAUUAAUAGAAAACACUUCUAGCUCAGCUUCCUUGUCCUUCCACACUAGGCUGGGAGUGCAGGAGAGGAUAAGGAGGGAGCCCUAGCAGGGUGGCCAUCUCUACCACUUGGGGAGAGCUGCCCUUUGGAAAAUAUUUCAUUUUAGCCAGGUGGUGCCUCCCUUUCUCCCUCUCCUUCCAUUACUCAGAGCAGAUUUGAGGCAUCUUUCUCCCUCCCAUAAUCCCCCUCAUCUGUCACCCACCCCAGACACUCCGACUUGCCUUUCUUCUGUCUAUAUGCAAGCAGAAGCAAUAAACCAAUCUGAUUUUAUUUCAGUUAUUUAGAACUUCCAAUGGUUCUUUCUUUUUCAGCUGGUGAGAGGAAAAAGAACUAAUAGAACCUGCUGGCAGAUUUUUGGUCCUCCUCCAAAAAGGGGCUUCACAGGAGCCCUUCUCAAGGCAAAACUCAUUAGGGUAUCUACAGUUUCAAAUCUUCUAAGACAACAAUCUUAUUUAAAAAACAAAUUAAAAUAGACCUGUUUCUAGCCCUGUGCACGUCAUCUCAGGUUCAAGUCUGGCCGAACUCUGUCCACAAGCUCCGUCAUUGCAGAAAUUUCUCUAGGGGCUAGCAGUACCUCUCGGCAGACCUCACAACCAAGGCUGUUGCUGGAGUGGGUAGGGGCUGAACUGAAGUUACUUCGACCGGGGAGAAAUUGGAAGCUGAUGCCCUGCAACAGAUCCAUAUUCCUCUCUCCCUUCUCCCCUGAUAAACCUUACAGUUUUGAAAUCUUGUGCUGGACAUUUUAAGCCAGUGUCUGUGGCAGGGGUAACUGGUAGGCCAGCUGAUGAGUUCUACUUUCAGAGGACAUUGAGGUGAGUGAGCAAGGGGAGCGGUUAAUAGGAAGUUCAGUGUCUUGCAUUCUCACUAGGUGAGCGAGACCCUGGACCAAUGGGAUGUCAACCCAUAAAAAAAGUCCUAGGGUAUGGCAUUUUUCCUCCUUGGCAAGCAAGGUGAAGAAAUAUAGUGGUGACAGAUGAGAAAGGCCAUGUUCAGGAGAUUUGAAAAGUACAUUCCUGCCUUAUCAGAAAAUGUGGGCAGAUAGGCUUUAUCCCAAUCGCAGUGCACUGUGGUGUCUAUGCUUUGAUAAAGACCAUGUUCCAGUUAGAAUGUGAGAGAAGAAAAAACUGGACUUUGCUUCACCAUCAGAACUCUGAGCCGAGUAAUGAAAUAUUUAAACUAUUUUAUAAUUAUUUUGAAUUUUUGUAACACUUAGAGGAUAGAUUUUAUUUGGGGAUAGACUGAGAAGCCACUUAGUACACAUGAAUGAGUUUGCUCAAGGCGCCUAGGCAGAUUCUUAAAUGGCUGCCACACUCCUUAGACUCUGACAUCUUUUGUUUGUAGCAUCGUCUUCAGGAGUGUGGGUGUGUGGAUGCCGUCAUGAGACACAAUGACAACUGUCUGGAGAUACUCUCUACUCUGAGCUUUCCUAAGCCAGUCAAUCCGAAAGGCUGUGGAAGCUGACUCACCUUCUUGAUCAGUGUCCCGUGGCUAAAGUGUGGACUUCUUCACUAUAGGCCAGCCUGUCAACUGUCACAAACACAUUCAUAAGCUUCCUGUGGGCUAACCCAGCACUGAGGAAAUUCCGUUUCAUGACAAAGAGAACUCAGAUUUCCCCCUGAAAUUGUUCCCUCAAAUGCCCCAAGAUUACCUAUUUGGUCAUUCAUUUGGGACUGAAAAAUGACCCCCCUGAGAAUGGCUGGAUGGAAAUCAAAUUGCCCGCUUCCAUCCAGAGGAGGGACAGGACAAGGGCUGGUGUUUUUAGGAGGAUCUGCAUGGUGCCCUAGAAAGGGCUGCAAAAUCAAAUUCUCAGGGUGCUCCUUCAAAUCAGUUACCAGUCCUCAAAAUGGGGAUGGUCGAUUUUAAACGUUAAAUUUGAAAUGAAAUGCAUGCAUCUUCUAAUGUUUUCUUUCAAUGUUAGUGUUUGCUUAAGAAGAUAAUAAUCUAUAUUUAUUGGCAAAAUGGCCCUCUCAGGCCAAAUAUUUUCUCCUUUUUUUUUUUUUGCCAAAAUGGACCAAAUAGAGGAAAUUUGGUUUUUAUUCUUUGCUUCAAAUGGAAUGUGAAGAGAUCUGACCAAGAACCCCGUUAAGACAGCCUGAUCUAAGCCCUAAAAUUAAAAAUAUUGGCCAAGUCAAAAUUCUGGGUCUGGGGAAAUUAAAAAUGUAAGCAUCAUCCUCCUCAACAAUAUUUAUCAAGAGCUUAGUAAUAUUGCCCUGGGUACCUUAGUACUCUUAAAUCCUUGAAGAGUCUAAUGAAAAAAGGGAUAGGGGUGGUAGCAAAUGAAACAGUCCAUAAACAAACAGGAGGAAGAUUUAGAACCAUUACAUUACCAAAUGAAAGCUGAAAGGGAAAAAUGUAGCAACUAGCAUCUUUUAAUAGGAUUUUUAAUAGUGUUCAGGUUACCUACUGACUUCACUCAAACACAAUUGCAAAUCCAAUAAAAGGUGCCAGGGAGACACUCAGGCAUUGAGAAUUUUGCUUUAAUUGCUUAAAAAAUAUGAGAGUAAUAAUUAAGAACAAAGAGUUCUGAAGUUGUGUGUGGUCUUAAUUGGUUUGGUUGUGAAGUCCUGCUGGAUCGCUGCUAAUGAGCCAGGUAAUAUCAGCAUUCCAUGCUCCUGGGGAGGGGGCUUUAGAGACUUCCAUCAUCACAAGACGGGUUAACUUGUGUUGAUGAUGAAGUCAUAGGUCCAAGAUAAGCUGUUACUUUUGUGUCUAAUGUUCAGCAUACUGAUCACAUUUUAUUAAAAUUGGGUGGUACAGUCAUUGGUCUACACAGGUCUCGUGUUCCUGCCUGAAGACGUAGUGGGAACAUAAGAUUCACUGGUCUGGAAUUGGAGUGGGAGAGGUUCAGGACAGGUCCAAUUCCCACCAUGAUUGACUAGGACCACAUUCUACCCCGGCUUGUCCUAUCUGAUGACAAAAUAAAUCCUGGAGUUAAAUGUUGUCAGGAGUAUGAUUUUAGACACUUCCAGCAGAAGGUCAGCUCAAAAUGUAGAAUGACUAAGAAUGUGUCCUCCUUUGUCAACACCUUCUCUAGCAAAGUCGGGCCAGAAGAGGGAGCAGGCAACUUUCCUAGCAUGGAGAGGCAUAGGAGAUGGAAGAAGGGUGAUUGCCUGAGAUCAGUGUUGGUCCAGAUAGUAUAAAACUGGGGGCUACCACAGAUGGAAGGGCAUACAGUAGGUCAUUUAGCAGCCUUGAUGUUCAUGAGCAGUGCAAAAUCACUUCUCUGUGAGGAUGAAGGAGGAUGUAGCUAAGUAUAAGAAACCCACGCAGUCUGUAGCCGUGUGUUUUACUGGAUGGAUCACAAUGCUUUACAAUAACUUAAUGCCAUACUAAUUCUUGGCUGAUAAUUCUGCAAGGUAAAGAACUUUGUCAAAGGCAUCUGUUAGAAAUCCACAUGGUUUCAGCUUGUUUGUUGAGCUCGACAAAUAUGUUUCCAAAGAUAUAAUCAAAUUUUUUUCUAUUGAUUAAAAAAGUAUAAAUAUUAAACCUAUCCAUAGAGACAUUUAAGUGUAAUUAAAACAGAUUGUUAAGCUUUAAAAAUGUAUUCUAAUAAAUGUUAUAAAGGAUAAUGCUUAUGAUGGCACUAUGAACUAGAGGAGGACCUGGGGUCACCAAAAUCAAUAGUAGAAAAAGUAGAUUAUAUGCAUCAGGCUCAUUUGUUCUAGUUCGGUGUUAGUUUUUACUUCAAGGUUUGGUCUCACAGCUAAAGUCCGGAUGAUUUGCUUCAGUAAAUUUUUCUUUUGUUAUUUUACCUCUUACUGUCAAAUAUUUGCAACUUCUCUCUCUUACUGUUGCAAUCAUACACAUUACCUAAGAUACCCCAUAUAAAUCAAUGGAUAUUGUCAUGAAAACUAAGAAAAAACCUAUUGCUUCUCAAAAGUCCGCAGCUUACGGAGUUAUGUGGGUCCAUCUGAACAGAUGUGAAGUCAAUUUUUCUAUUGCAUCAAUCGAGGGGACUAUUCUUUCAUUUGAAUGAUUAUGUUAAUGAUUAUGUUAAAGAAGAAAAAUCCUGGCAUAUGUAAUCACAAAAAAGGGGGAGAGGGGCACUCAAUGGGUCUUAAUCACAGACCCUUAAAAAACAAUCAUGCAAUGGAGGCUCACAAUCUGGUGAUAUUUGCAGUGAGAAACACCAUUGCCAAGGGGAUAAAAAUACUAGUAUUUUGACAAUAAUAUUCUUUUUAGAGCUUUAUGCUACUCAGGCCUGCUCCUGUCAUCCUCAUUACUUCCCUAAAUGCCUUUUCUCCUCCAUACUCCCAGAUCCCCAUUCAGCUGUUUCUCUUUCCUCUGUCCGUGCCCACCGCCCCCCAACUGGCAGCACACAGUUGCCCUCACUCCUAAUCUAUCCCACAGUUCCUCUGGAGUCUUCUCUCCUCACAAACCUGGGGUCUUCCCUGAAUGUUGAUUCCACUUCCUGGACUCCCAUAAAAGUUCCUACACAGAAGGCUACAUUCCUCCCUUGUUACAGACUACAAAUUGCUGAGAUGUUCUCGUGUCUCACUUCUGUUUCUGCACCAUUGCUUCUUCCCAUCUCACACAGAAAUCUCUCAUUACCAAAAUUCAUGGAGUCCAGCUAUUUUUUUACCAUUCUUUGUGGCCAUGAUGUAGUCAAUGUCCCAGAUCUCCCAGUCUUUGGCACCGAGCUUCCUGUUUCCACCAUUGUUCUGGAUGAUUUCAGUGUUUCUGAGGAAAACCCACUCCACAGUCUUGGCACAGUUGCUCACAGCUUUUACCUCUCUUCAGUUUUGGCCGUUUGCCUCCAGGGUUACACAUUAUGCUGUUUCACAACCUAAACUCUCAUAUUCCAUUCUCAGAACUUCUAUCCUUGCUCCUUUAUUUCUCCAACCUGUUCAAGAUCAUUAAUGCCUGGUCUACCCCUACCUUUUCUGACAGACAGUACGCCCAACCAGACUUCAGUCUUCCUUCCCUAGCCUUUCCAGACCCCAGGCUACAGGAUCUCAACUAUUCACACCAGCACCACUGACUCCCUUGACCACUUCAGCCGUACCUGCCUGGUGAACCUCCAAACUAGGACCAGGACUCUUGCCACCCAUCUUCUCCGCCCUUUUCCUUAUCUGUUGAGUUAGACCAGAGAAAAAUCAUAAAACCGUGGCUAAAGAGCCACUGGAAAUUUAUGGUUUACCACCUCAGCAGUACCCUCAUUCCCAAAACUCACAAAAGCUAUUCCACUAUUCUAAGCCCCCUCCUAGAUUGACCCCCCAAAAUUGCCUCUUACUUCACCACGUUUCCGCUGUCAGAUGUUUCUCCCACCCCCACUCCCCCAGCAAGCACUUCCCCUUCUCCAUGUAUGUGUGUAUCUAACCUCCCUUCUAGCUCACAGAAAUUGCUAUUCCUCCUUCCCAAGGGCUCCCAAGAACACUUUCUAAUUCACUUCUUCUUCAUUCCAACUCACUACUCUGGACCAACCAACCUGACCUCCGUCCCCAUUGCUCCAUUAAAAUUUCUCUUACUAAAGUCACUAAUGAUCUAAUAACCAAAUCCAACAGUUCUCAGUCUCUUGACUUCCUUAUUUGAUACUGUUGAUCAUUUCAUUUUUUUUUUUAAAGAUUUUAUUUAUUUGAGAGAGAGCACACAUGCACACAGAGGGAGAGGGAGAAGCAGACUCCCCGCUGAGCAGGAAGCCCGACGGGGCUUGAUCCCAGGACCCAGAGAUCAUGAACUGAGCCAAAGGCAGCCACCCAACUGACUGAGCCUCCCAAGCACUCCUGAUCAUUUCUUCCUUGCAACACUAGUUCACCUUGUCUUAGACUUCUAUUUCCUUAGUCUUAUUCAUUUGAAAGCUUCCUCUUCCUCUGCUCCUAAAUGUUAUUUACCAGAAUUCUGCCCAUCCUCUUUUCACUCCACUUUUUCUAUCACCCACACAGUGGCGACACCCACCCCACACCCUCUCACCUCUUACAUAGACUUUUUAAAUGGUUGGCUAACUGAUCUCCCUGCUUUAAGUCUUACUAACAACUGUCCAUCCUCCAGAUUGUACAUAUUGCUGCCAAAGUUGUCUACGAUAGGACAGUGGAUCCCAUCAAAAUCACCUUGAGUAUGUUAAAACAGACAUCUGGGUUCUAUCCAGAGUUUCUGACUCAUUAGGUUUGGGGCAGGGCUUGAAAUUUUCCAUUUCUAACAAGUUCCCAGUUAGGUAAUGCUGCUGCUGCAGACCCAGAUAUUGUAUUUUGACAAUUCCUGACUUGAGAAACCUUGGAGUCAUUAAUCCUAAAUUGAAAAUCUUUCACUAGCGGUCUUCAGUUCCUAGACUUCUGUCUGCUUAAGAAAUUACUUGAGCUGGGGCGCCUGGGUGGCUCAGUCAGUUAAGCAUCUGCCUUCGGAUUAGGUCAUGAUCCCAGGGUCCCGGGACCGAGCCCCGCAUCAGGCUCCCUCCCUGCUCAGUGGGAAGCCUGCCACUCACCCUGCUUGUGCUGUCAAAUAAAUAAAUAAAACCUUAAAAAAAAAAAAAAUUACUUGAAUUGCUUGUCGAAGGGGCACAAUUUUGGGCUUUACUCUCAAGAUUAUGACAGUAGAUCUGAUGUAGUGUUCAAGGAUCACACUUUUGAGAACCUGUGACCUACAAGAUAAUAAAAGUUCAAACCCCUUAACAUGGAAUUCAAGUCCUCCUAUAAUCUGUUCUUUGCCUACUUCUCUAGCAUUAUUGAACUAGUUAUUUAAGAACUGGUGCAAGUCCAUGCCUUGGGUUUUUGUCUAUCUUGUUGCCACUACAUGAACCCUCUCUCCCUAAUUUAUGUGGUACUCUCCCAGUCCUCCUUUAAAAUGCCUAUGUGUUACUGCUGCAGUGACGUCCUCCCUGACACUGCAGCUUCCAAGCAAAGUUGAUGACGCUUUUCCGUGUCACCUCUGUACCUUGUAUGUACUUCCUUUCUGAACACCCUUGUGUUAUGAUUAUUGAUUUACUUACCUGCCUUCUAUUAAUCAACUCUAAACAUCACUAUCUCUAGCACCCAGCAGUGUCCAGGUCAUAGUAAGUGCUCAGGAAACAGAAAUGGGGGAGGGGUAGUGGUGGUGAUGAUUUGAUAGGGAGGGGAGAAGCUUAAGGAAUAUAACAUGGAAUCAGAGUAAAUAGGAUAAUGAGGAACAUUUCCAUCAUGCUCAUGCCUGUGAACUAUUUUCCUCUACUUACCUACCUUAAGCCACCCUAACAGCUGGUCAAACAUCUUCCUUCCUUUUCUUGUAUUCAAAGUUCACCCAACUAAUCUUUUGCUAUAUACCAUUUUUCCACACACCAUUUAAUUUCCCAGUAUAUAAACAAUCACCAAAAGGCCAUCCUUUACUGAGUAUGCAUCUCCUAUCACUAAACAAAGAUGAUAUCCUUUCUCUCACAUGAUCCAUAAUAGCAUACACAGGUCACUGGUAAUUUUUCUCUUCCCCAUAUGAAUGUGGCAUCUAUAAAGGGCAGCUGAAAUGAGUAGCAGCAUGUUGAACUGCAGACUUUUAUCUCCCUGAUGCUGUCGUAUCUGAAAAGAGAGGGGGGCACUUCCUAAUUCCUUUAGCCGAAACUAGUUAUUUCUUAUCCUCAUUAGUUUUGCCAGCCUGGCCUCUGGUCCUCCUGUACCACUCUGUUCAGGUCAUGGCCGAGACAGGUCAAACUAGAAGGGGUGGGGAUGGGAUCAGCUUACAAGAGUAGUCUGUUAUCUCUAAUCAGUUAUCUGGGCUGCUUUUCAGUGACAGAACCAACUUGGGAGCCAUUUUGAUAAGACAUCUUUGUGCCAAGACCACCCAUUUUGCUCUUAACUGUCAAGUAACCUCAUCGAGAUGUUAGUCAAGGGUGCCUCGGUGGCUCAGUGAAACGUCUGCCUUUGGCUCAAGUCAUGAUCCCGGGGUCCUGAGAUCGAGCCCCGAGUUGGGCUACCUGCUCAGCAGGUAGUUUCUCUCUCUCCCUCUGCCCGCCCCUCCCCACCACUUGUGUAUUCUCUCGCAAAUAAGUGAAAUCUAAAAAAAAAAAAAAAAAAAAGAUGUUUAUUAAUCAAAAGAAACCCUAUCUUUAAGACCCUAAGGAAAGAAUACUGAAACGGCAACUUUCCUGCCCUCCUUCACUCCAGAACUACCACAUUUAGGCUGAACCAUUUAUGAAACCAAUAUACUGUGGUUACCUUGCUAUUUUUCCAAUAUAUCAAAAUUGUUCCCACCUUAGGCCACUGCCCUUGCUAUUACUGAAUACUCCCCAAAGCUAUUUAUAUGGCUCAGUCUUGCUUCUUUGCUUUGCUCAGAAAUUAUCUUCUCAAAGAUGCCUUCUAGCAAUGCCACUCCUAGUACUUUCUAUUUCCUUGCCCCAAUUUAUUUUCUCUUCACCACACUAUUACUACCAGGAGACAUUACAUAUAAAUUUAUUUAUGGCACAUUUUUGCACCCCCACAUUGUAAGUUCUCUGAGGGUAGCGUCUUUGCGUUUCUUAUUCACUGCUAUCUAUAUCCCCAGUGCCUAACAUGGUGCCUGGUGGUCAAUAUGCGUUUGUUGAAUAGCUGAAUAGAUUCAGACUAAUUGCCAAAUUAUGUAACUUAAAAAAAAAAGUAUAUACAUCAAAAUACUUAAGGAAACAAUGGUUAAUUUAAACACAGCAUUCACCUUGGGUAGCUGUAUAUAUACACCUACCCCUCAUCAUGCUGCCUUUGCUGAAAACCUGUUGGGAACUCUUCUGCAAGAAUUGUUUUCAGAGCCAGUUUAUGAAUUACAUGAUUGGUCUUUUUACUUCGUAAGUCAUACUGUGUUUCACCAAAAAGUUCACAGUGUAAAAAAGCCAAACCAAGCACAGAAAACAUAUGAGAAUAUAUUUCAGGCUCUCAAGACAAGGCCUCAGAAGCUUAGAUGACUAGUGACAUCAAUUGACGAAGAUCACCUCUCGAGAAUACGGACAUGGACUGAAAAGGGUUAAUGCUCACAAACAUAGAGGUUCUGGAAUUUGAAAUUAAAAACACACAUUUUAGGCACAGAUCAAAUUAUCGGGGGACAAAGAGGUAACUUCUUCUAUUUCACUUCAGCUUAUAACUCCAAAUAGGCCGCUGUAGGUGAGCUGCUGCCCAGACUGCAUCCAAGAUCGUUUAGCUGAGGACUUGCCCAUUCUUCUAGUCACUUGGGAUCUUCAGCCUGCCCAUACUCCAGCCCACAUGGCAUUUGCACUCAUCUUCUCCCACUGGUCCAGCCAUACACCUUCUUCCUGAGUGCAGGCACUCUAAAGACUUUGUCUUAAAAAGUAUCACUUCAAACAGCUAAUAAUUAAAGGAAAAUCUUAAGAGGCAAAAGAAGUGAAAGAACAGGGAAAAUGACAGCAAUAUCCUCUGAGUUUCAGGACAGCAGCUUAUUCAUAGGUAUUUUUAAAUGUCAUUCGGCAGAACAAAACACUGAGUUCCUAUUUCUCAGAAAUGCUUCCUUCCAGGAUGCAACAAAGAGAGUCCCAGCCAGGACUAUAAGCCACUCUUUGCCCCAAGUAUUCCAAAACUAUUAACCAGCCAAAGAGAAAGAGAAUGGGUGCUGUCAGGCAACUCCACUGAUCUCCCUUUCUGUAGCACAGAGGCCAACUGAGGACUGAAGAUAAUGAAAGGACAGGAAGGAAAGUAGACACACCAAAGAUAUGGUGUCAAGUGAUAUAUGAGAUGUGUUCAUAAAUGAAUGAGUUAUUCCAGAGCCAUAUAAACAAAUCAAUCUCUUUACUGGAGAGGCACACCUCUCGUCCUGUGUAUUAUUCAAAUGUACUAACACAUGAAAGAUCACAUCACCUUGUUUGUGGAUACAUUUAAUAUCCCUUACCCUUCCCACCUUUCAAAACAUAAUAGUAUACAAAAUAUAAAAUAUCUUAAAUAUUUAUAAAAAUCGCAAGAAAAAAAUAGAACGUAUGAAAAUAUUUUUAUCUGAGUUCUCCCUCAUUGUUGAGAGGCAGCUUAGUUUGCCUUGAGUUCGUAACUGUUGAGUGGGUAGGAGUAUGCCCUGCCUAAUACUAUUCUGUCCCGGAGAAGUUUAAAUAAAACAUAGUAGUUGCAGAAGAGGAUGAGAGCCAUGGAAAGUGUGUGGUUCCACUUCUCUGACCGCAGCAAGGAAUAGAGCUGGUAGAAGACGACACUGCCCUCAAUAAGGAUAAGCAGAUUUAACAGCCUUAAUGGACGAUGAAAUAGGAA